UUACACUAACAUACGCUCUCUUGACAAAAUUCAUAACGUUUAUUGCUUAUAAACGAAAUAGUUCCCAAUAAAAGCGCGGGGAUUUGCUAUUAAAAUAUGGUGGGGGAAAAUGGUGGCCAUUUAGCCGAGCGCUAGGCUGAUUUAUUAUUUAUUGUUCUGUCCCACGGUCACGUGUUUGGGGCGCCCUAUCCAGUCUUGGGCAAGGUUCAACUUACUGGACGCAUUGAGUUUCUAGCUGGCGCACGACAGCAGCAGCUUAUCAUGCAAUGAAACGUUUUUUUCGAAACGCUGCAGGACUGUAGAGUGCCGUUUUCUGACUUUGCGUCUUUGCAAUGUCGACUUUGGGGACCAGUUAUUACAUUGACUCGCGCAUUCUUCCCGAGCAGGAGGAUAUGGCACCGAGGUAUUCCUCGUCAGCCGCAGGGGUGGAGCAGGCGGUGGUCACCGAAUAUGGCGGACAGGAGUCUUGCCCAUUGCAGGCGAAAUCUUCUAUUUUUGGUGGCUCUUGGAGUGCCAUCUCGGCCCACACUCCAAACACGGCCGCUCCGACAUAUAUACAUCACCCUUACCCGAGUGGGGACAGCGAUGGCAUGUUUACGCGCUCUUGGGCGCUGGAUCCGGUCUCUGCGUCCCUGUGUUUGACGGGAUUACCAUCGACAGGCAUGCACUAUGAGAUAAAACCGGAACCCCUGAUUGGGACUGCGGAAUGCACAACUUUGGAGACGCACACGCAUCUUUUGUCUGACACUGAAAACGGUGCGUCUCUAGUGGAGAUUCCAUGCGAAACUGCGUCUAAAGCCACUGAAGAUAAUCCGUCAGUAGAGGAAAAAAGGAAGGUGGAUCCAAAUAACCCGUCAUCCAACUGGCUUCACGCAAAGCCCACCAGAAAAAAACGUUGCCCGUAUACAAAGCAUCAAAUCCUCGAACUGGAAAAGGAGUUUCUGUUUAACAUGUACCUUCCCCGGGAUCGUAGAUACGAGAUAGCGAGACUGUUGAAUUUGACCGAGAGACAGGUAAAAAUCUGGUUUCAGAACCGCAGGAUGAAGAUGAAGAAAGAAAACAAAGACCGGCGAAGAGACAGUUAACUGUUUUCAUUUUUUCUUUGUUUUUUCUUGGACAGACCUGGGAUUAGAGCCUGGUUGGGAGGGGAGGGGUGAGGGGUUGAAAGGGAAAACUGGUGUCUGUCCUUAAUGUUCCUGUAACACAUGUUGUUGUAAAGUUAGUGCUGUUGAAACAAUGCUGGGUGUUUUUUUUUUCUUAUAAUAUUGAGAGGAACAAGUGUUUUAUGAGAACUUAGACGUGUUGUACUGCCGCACACAGAUAGCUACCUUAGGCCAUUUGUUAUUUGCAUGGAUCUGUUGACUACCUGAAUGUCUUUCAGCUACCUAUUUGCAUUAUUUAAGUUAUUGUUUUGGUAACUUGAUAUUGUUUUUUUAAUAGUAAGAUUUUGAUGCAUUUGUGAACAUACUGCGCACACGGAAAAUACCUCAUCGUUCUUGAUUUAACCUAAAAUAAAGUGUAGUUUGUGUACCAUUAAAGAAAAGUAGUAAUGUGAUGUCAUUUUUGUAUUUAAUUUCUCCCAACAAUAAUACACAAAUAUAAACCAACAUUUAAAUUCCUAAAUGGUGCUAGAGGAUUUUGUUUUUAAAUGCUCCUUUGUUUCGAUCGUGAAAUGUUUUCAAAUCCUUUUUUAUCUUUUCUUUUUUCUUUUUUGAAGUUAAAGCUUUUGCUUCUGUUAUAUACAAAUUAAAUGAAGUGGGGGAAAUGUUUUAUUGCAGGAAGAAAACGAUAAAAAUAGACUUUUACUACAAGUUCUGGGCUGUAACCAUCGAGCUUUAUGGCGCAAACAACCCAAAUGAACCACCGAAACUUCCCAAGCUAAGGUUUGCCAAGUUAG